GCGCGGAUCAGCCGGAAGGUUGCAGCGGGAGCCCCGGGGCGGUGUUACUUAGCAGCGCCAGCUGAGCCAGGUGGUGUCCAGCCCCUUUGGCCCCGGCUUGUCUGUGUUGCUUACUCGAUUCCCCUCGACCUGUCGACCCCAUUCCCGUGUCCCUGUUGAGUACAGCAUCCGGAAAUCUCCACGCCCAUGGCCGCUAACCGGAGAGAGUCGUCCCCUUUCGCAUCUUCCUCGUCCGGCAGCAACGCGGACGACGAGGGGGUGCGCGGCACUUGUGAAGAUGCUUCUGUUUGCAAGAGGUAUGCAGUAAGCAUUGGCUACUGGCACGAUCCCUACAUUGAGCACCUUGUGAGAUUGUCUAAAGAGAGGAAGGCCCCUGAAAUUAACAGAGGAUAUUUUGCUCGUGUCCAGGGUGUCAGCCAACUUACAAAAGCUUUCCUCCGGAAGACAGAAUGUCAUUGUCAGAUUCUCAACCUUGGGGCUGGGAUGGAUACUAUCUUCUGGAAUUUAAAGGAUGAAGAUCUUCUCCCAAGUAAAUAUUUUGAAGUUGACUUUCCAGCGAUAGUCACAAGAAAGCUACACAACAUCAAAAACAAGCCUGCUUUAGCCAAACCCAUUGUAGAAUUACAUUCAGAGGACACACUUAAGAUGGAUGGGCACAUGCUGGAUUCGAAGAGAUAUGCCAUUAUUGGAGCUGAUCUCCGGGAGCUACCUCAACUGGAAGAGAAACUAAAGAAAUGUAACAUGAAUACACAGUUGCCAACACUCGUGAUAACUGAAUGUGUGCUGGUUUACAUGACUCCAGAGCAGUCGGCAAACCUCAUAAAGUGGGCAGCCAACAGUUUUGAGACCGCCAUGUUCAUAAACUACGAACAGGUGAACAUGGAUGAUCGGUUUGGGCAGAUCAUGAUCGAAAAUCUUUGGAGGCGACAGUGUCACCUGGCAGGAGUGGAGACCUGCAAGUCAUUAGAGUCUCAGAGGGAACGGCUUCUGUCGAAUGGAUGGGAAACAGCCUCAGUGGUGGACAUGAUGGAGGUGUACAGCAGGCUGCCCCAAGCCGAAGUGAGCAGAAUAGAAUCCCUUGAAUUUCUAGAUGAAAAGGAGCUUCUGGAACAGCUUAUGCAUCAUUACUGUCUGUGCUGGGCAACCAGAGGAGGACAGGACCUUGGUUUGAAGGAGAUAGCUUGUUAAUCUGUGAAGGCUCCUCCUGAGUUGGUAGCGAAAGGAUGUGGCCUUCCCAGAGGACACUAUGGAGCUUCCAAAAUGAUGGAUUGGCCUCGUCUACUGGUCUCUCCCCACACUCAGAGAAACCUCAGUUAUGAAGGUGACUGCACCAGAUCCUGUUUCUGUUGACUUAUUGUUGUUUAAAUAAAUCUCACUUUCCAAAUGCC